GCUUGCUGGUGCAGGAGGUGUCAGCCAGGAGCCCUGGAGCCAAUCCCUGCCCUAGAGAACUACCUACUGGGGGUCAAAAUGACUCAGAGAUGGAGAGAGCCACACAGUUGAAUACUGAAGUAUCUGGAUCCCGCCAUGCCUGGAGGAAGCUCUACCACUGGAUGUUUCAGUUCCUAAAGCUUGCAAAUUCUGUUCUGCUUCACACAGCUUGAGUCGGAUUUGAGUCCCUUCCAACCAAGGGUUUUGCUAGAAAAACCUCCCACUUGAGAGCCUGAGGCCUCUUGAGCAAUGCUAGGAGGAAUCCCAGGAAUCAGGGCAAGAACUCCAUUGAGGCCUGAGGGUGAAGACUGACCUACAGGAGCCCAGCCGAUCGCCAGGAACAACUGCGUCUGAGAAGGUGCCUACCUCCCUGCCACCUGCCCCACUGCACUCUGGCCCAAAUCAAACACCCAAUGACACCCAGGAUCUGCCAAUGACAGCCCUAAGAGGUCUUUAUUGGUCCCCAGGACCCUGAUCCAGCCUCACUAUGAAGGCCACACAGAAUGCAGGGCCUCCAGCCAUGGACUUGGAAGAGCCCAGGGACACACCUGUGCCCUCUCAGGACCUCACCCCUGACUGCCAGUGGGACCCAGUGCCAGGAGGCUCAUGCAGCCUGAAUCAAAUGGAAUUUGACGGGCCAAAUAUUCCGGACCUGGUGCAACAGUUUGAGGCUCUGCCGGGUGAUCUGGUGGGUCUGUCCCCAGAUGGACUCCCCUGCCCCCUGCACAUUGCCACCGGUCACGGCCUGGCCCCCCAGGACGUGGCAGAUGCCCACGGGCUCUUGUCUGCUGAGGCUGACAGGGAUGACCUGCUAAGCCUUUUGCACCUUGAGGAGUGCUCUGCUUCCCAGUCUUGUCCCAAGGAGCCUCCAGACCCUACUCCUCGCCUGUUGCAGCCCCCUGAAGACCCAAAUGGGGAUACUGGCCCCUCAGAAUGGGAAGAGGGAGCCUCUGCUGAGCAGCGUGACAGCAAGAGCUCGAGCAGCUCCCCAGAACCCUGGUUGGAGACAGUCCCUCUGAUUGCUCCUGAAGAGCGGCCUGCCAGUGCUCAGAGCCCCGAGACUGUGGCUUCAUACCCUGCCCUCCAGGAGGUAUCAGGUCCCUGUGACCACGAAGACCUCCGAGAUGGUGUCAUAUUUGGGGCCAAAUACCUGGGCUCCACCCAGCUGGUGUCGGAACGGAACCCACCCCCCAGCACUCGAAUGGCGCAGGCCCAGGAGGCUGUGGACCGCAUCAAGGCCCCUGAUGGGGAGACUCAGCCCAUGACGGAGGUGGACCUCUUUAUCUCCACCAAGAGGAUUAAGGUUCUGAUGGUCGACUCCCAGGAGGCCAUGAUGGACCACGCCCUGCAGACCAUCUCCUACAUUGCCGACAUCGGCAGUGUGCUGGUGAUCAUGGCCCGCCGGCGGGUGGCCCGGCGGCCCGCAUCCCAGGCCCAUGGCCAGCGGCUCUACAAGAUGAUCUGCCACGUUUUCCACUCAGAUGAUGCCCAGCUCAUUGCUCAGGCCAUUGGCCAGGCCUUCGCUGUGGCAUACAACCAGUUCCUGCAGGAAAGUGGCAUUGACCCCUGCCAGGUGGGCGCCCAGCCAAGCCAGGGGGCCACAGGCUCUGGCUACCUCCACAAUGGAGACCUCGACCACUUCUCCAACAGCGAGAACUGCAGGGAGGUGGUCAUUGAGAAGCGCCGGGGUGAGGGCUUGGGCGUGGCCCUGGUGGAGUCGGGCUGGGGCUCCUUGCUGCCCACAGCCGUCAUCGCCAACUUGCUGCACGGGGGCCCGGCGGAGCGCUCAGGGGCCCUCAGCAUUGGGGACCGCCUCACUGCCAUCAACGGGACCAGCCUCGUGGGGCUGCCCCUGGCCACCGUCCAGGCUGCCGUCCGCGAGGUAAAGUCACAGACAUUGGUGACCCUGAGCAUCGUCCACUGCCCACCGGUCACCACAGCCAUCAUCCACCGGCCGCACGCCCGAGAGCAGCUGGGCUUCUGCGUGGAGGACGGCAUUAUCUGCAGUCUCCUCCGCGGUGGCAUCGCUGAGCGUGGGGGCGUUCGCGUGGGACACCGAAUCAUCGAGAUCAACGGGCACAGUGUGGUGGCCACACCACAUGCCCGUGUCAUUGAGCUGCUCACCGAGGCCCACACUGAGGUGCAUAUCAAGACCAUGCCGGCCACCACCUAUCGCCUGCUAACGGGCCAGGAGCAGCCUGUAUACUUGUGACCGGCCACCCUCCCCACCAUGGUGCCUUAGCCCUGCUGGCCCUGGAACUCCUGUCAGAGGUGCCUCCUUGGCUGGCCGGGGCCCCAGAAGAUUCUAGGCUGUAUAUUAUUUUCUGAUGUAAAAAAUUAAAAGCUUAUCAAAUGGG